AUGUUAAACGUAAAGAGAUUGCGAUUCCUGCUAUAUUAUAUCUAUCUAUCUAUCUAUCUAUCUAUCUAUCUAUCUAUCUAUCUAUCUCAGUUGUGGGCCAGUGACAACCAACACCCUAGAUUCUAUGAUUUGAUUUUUCUCAUUUUGGCACUCAUUUAUUUUGUAAAAUAUCUAUCUAUCUAUCUUUUAUAUAUCUAUCUAUCUAAGUCUGAUCGUAUCUAUCUCACACAAUAUUCAUAUUUACCUCACUGUGCAAUUUCUUACCGUUUUCUCCAUCAGCCGCCUGUCUCAGGUUCUUGCUGGCAUGUAAAUCCCUCCUUUUAUUCGUUCUCUCUUACUCUCCCUCUCUCAUUUUCUCUCUCCCACUCUUUCUCUCUCACUUUCUUUCACACUCUCUCUCUCUCUCGUCUUCUUUAUCGUUCUUUCUCACUCUCUGUCACACACUCUCUCUCGCUUUCUCUCUCUCAAUUUCUCUCACACGCACACACACACUCUCUCUCUCUCUCGUUUUCUUUCUCUUACUUUUUGUCUCUCUCUCAUUUUUGCUUUCUUUCUCGUUCUUUCUCACUCUCUCUCACACACUCUCUCUCGCUGUCUCUCUCGUUCUUUUUCUCUCUCACACACACUCUCUCUCUCGUUUUCUUUUUCUUACUUUUCUUUCUCUCUCUCUCUCUCAUUUUUGAUUUCUUUCUCGUUCUUUCUCUCUCUCUCUCUCACACACUCUCUCCUUUCUCUCUCCCUUUCUCUCUCUCUCACACACACACUCUCUCUCGUUUUCUUUUUCUUUCUUUUUUUUCUCUCUCUCUCUCUUUUUGCUUUCUUUCUCGUUCUUUUUCUCUCUCUCUCUCACACACUCUCUGCUUUCUCUCUCACCCUUUCUCUCUCUCUCACACACACACUCUCUCUCUCGUUUUCUUUCUCUUUUUUUUUUCUCUCUCUCUCAUUUUUGAUUUCUUUCUCAUUCUUUCUCCUCUCUCUCUCCACACUCUCCUUUCUCUCUCUCCCUUUCUCUCUCACACACACACACUCUCUCUCUCGUUUUCUUUCUCCUUUUUUUCUCUCUCUCUCAUUUUUGAUUUCUUUCUCGUUCUUUCUCACUCUCUCUCUCUCACACACUUUCUCCUUCUCUCUCUCUUUCUUUCUCUCUCUCACACACUCUCUCUCUCGUUUUUUUUUCUUACUUUUCCUCUCUCUCUCUCUCAUUUUUGCUUUCUUUCUCGUUCUUUCUCACUCUCUCUCUCUCACACACUCUCUCGCUUUCUCUCUCUCCCUUUCUCUCUCUCUCACACACACACACACUCUCUCUCUCGUUUUCUUUCUCUUACUUUUUUUCUCUCUCUCUUUUUGCUUUCUUUCUCAUUCUUUUCUUUUCUCUCUCUCACACACCUCUCUCGCUUUCUCUCUCCCUUUCUCUCUCACACACACACACACACUCUCUCUCUCGUUUUCUUUUUCUUCUUUUUUUUUCUCUCUCUCUCAUUUUUGAUUUCUUUCUCGUUCUUUCUCCUCUCUCUCUCUCACACACCUCUCACUUUCUCUCUCUCCCUUUUCUCUCUCUUCUUUUUUCUCUCUCUCGUUUUCUUUCUCUUACUUUUUUUCUCUCUCUCUCAUUUUUUGAUUUUUUUUCGUUUUUUCUCCUCUCUCUCUCACACACUCUCUCGCUUUCUCUCUCGUUCUCUUUCUCUCUCUCACACACACACACUCUCUCUCUCGUUUUCCUUCUCUUACUUUUUUCUCUCUCUCUCUCAUUUUUGA